AUUAUGAUAGGUCAUGUGCACAGUGAACUAAGUGGGUAUGAGUUAAAGUAAGAAGACAAUUGCCUUCACAAUACCUUAUCACGUAGGCUGAGAAAACCUUUCAAAUAGCAUUUGCAAGAAAGCAAAGUACCAUGCAGUGACCGAUGUGCAAAUUUUUUUGCAUCACACUCUUUGUUCGUCACUUAUAAGCUUGCCGAUUGCUGUUGCCUUGAUUAUGGUUUGGCUGUUGUUGUUGUUACUAUUGUUGUUUAGGUUAUUGUUUGUUCUUAUUGUUAUUGAUUGAAACUCCCUUUUUAACGGGUAUACGUAUAUCGCAUACGACGAGGUCCGCGAAAACUGUAUGUCCUCCCCGCUUUCCGUAGACGCGUCGUAAUGAUGGUCAUUUGUAAACAACAGCACACAUUUUCUCGCCAUGGAAACUAUGGACGUCUAAUAAUAACAUCAGUAUUCUUUUAUAGUCACUAAUGUUUUGAUCCAUUGUUUGGCUCCAUUUUUAUUUACGAUUUGCGUUCAAAUCCCAUUUCACAUUGCCAACACUAAAAUGUUUUUUGCUAUUUCACCGGAUGAUUCGAGACCCCAGUAUUUCUUACUAGUAUUAGAGCCAAUAUUUGCUAAUAAGUAUGCUCAUUGAUAUAUGUACAUAGAGUGAUUUUGCUCGUUACAAUAAUGUGGAACCGUGACGGUCGAAAUUCAGCGUUGGUCCGAGCCCAGGCGCUGCUCUCUGCGAAGAGAAACGAUGCAAACGCCACCGAGCUAACGAAUCGGUUCCAACCUCAUGGACCUGAAGCUCAGGCAUAUGGACAUACAGGUCCUGGAGGAGGGUCAGUCCAAAAGAGCCGCUUUCCCUCGAAUACACACAUCUUAUCACUGGACCUGAGUGACCUGUCCUCUGUCAGCUCAGUCACAGAGCAUGGGGAGAAAACCAAUACAAAUAAGCAGGGCAGAGAAGUGCUUUCACCUCAGGAUUUCAGAGCUUCAACCUCACUGGGUGAAGGAGGAGGAGGGCAAAGGUUUCUGAAGAAAGCUAUACCAAAGGCCAUGGCUAGCACCCAGUCCCCUCAAUUUAGAAAAAAUCAAACUCAGCAUCCCCCAGAACGCGGGUUUGUGGCUUCUUCCCAGCAGGGCUCCCAGAGCGCCGCCCUGAGCAGGUUGGCCACCAUUGAGGAGCGCAUCCGGGCCCGCCAGCAAGCCCAGCAGAGCACAACCCAGGGGCGUGCCAUGGAGGGGAACCCCAAUCACACCGUACCUCCAACAGCCCCCAACCCAGGCCCCUCUCCCCCCCAUGGACACUCGCCGCCGGAGCUCCCCUCUGCCCCCCUGUCGCCCCAGUUGUCGAGCAACGACCCUGGAAGUCCCGGGAAGCGCUUCCUAAAGAAGACGUCAGUGCUUGCUACGGCCGGCACCAAUCUCAACUAUUCCCAAGGGGCUAAAGUCAAUGUUGAAAUCCCUGCUGCUGCUGACGCCGGCUUGUCGGUUGGCAAGUACAGAAGUGGCAGUGCUGUGAAGCCCAGCGUGGUGAAGGCUGAGCCGGCGGCAGGAGAUGGCCGCGGAGUUAGCCUGGACAGUGAUGAGGAGAGUAUGAGGAAACUGUUGGGGGACUCGCUAGACUCGAUGGAGGACAGACAUAGGAGAUUACCAAUGAAGACGGUGGCAAAGGAUUCUAGGGAGAAGCCUGACCCCGCUCCCCUUUCUCCCCUGGGGGGGGCCUCCUUGUCUUCUGCACAUAGCCCCCUGCAGCGCUCCCUGUCCACCCCGUCAUCGUGGGGGCGUGGGGAGGUGCACUCCCUGGAGGAGCUCUUCCCCCCGGGGCCCGGGGGUUCGACUGAAGAGGAGGGGCCACACAGUGGCAGGAGCAGCAGCAUCUCCUCAGAGGUAGAUUUCAAGUUCAACAUCAUGUCUUUGGAUGACUUUGUACCUGAUUUUACUGUGGAAACAAAGCAGAAGGACCAUCGACCAUCCAAGCAGCACAAAGCAGAGGACCGUACGUGGACAACACAACCACCGGAGGGUAAAGAAGAGCAGCCGGGAGAGGAAGAGGUAACUGGGGCAGACUACCACAGUGACUUCGAGAGCCUAAGCAUUAGGACGGAGCACGACCAAAGCCCCAGCGAGAUCUCAGAGCACCUUGGGGCAAGUCCCGAAGACGAGGCGAAGAGGAAGAAAAAGACGCAGAAAGGAGAUGACCUCUCUGAGAUCUCGGGUGACGGAGACGGCUCGCGUCGGGAGGGAGGCGACGACCCCUACGACGACCCCUACGCCAGUAGUUUCUCCGACCGCAGUCCGAGUGUGGCGAGCAGCUACACCUCUGGCUGCUCCGCGCAGUCCUCGUCUCGCACCUUGACGCCCAGCUCCAGACGCUCCACCGUCCAGGGGCGGCCUGGGAGAGAAGCAGCCACGCAAACACGACCCGACCCGCUGUCCUACGACUGGUCCGCAGGUAUGGCUGUUCUGGGCCCUGCGGUAGGCAUGGGUUCCGUGGACCCAACCCCCGUGGCCAGUCAUACAGUCGGUGCAGAGGCCCUUGAGGCUUUAACCUCCUACAGCCCGGCAGUGUUUGCCCUCAACAACAUGCUAAGGCAGCAGCUAGCCAUGACCCGACAGUUUGCCCAAGCCAGCAGACAUCUCCACAACAGUGUGGUGCAGGGCCUGGGUCCGGCAGAUUACACCUACACAACUCUGGAAGACACCAAACAAUUCAUCCGCAAGCACAGGCCACCCAAAUUGACUGUGGAGCAAGCAUUGGAGGAGGUACUGCAGGAGAUGAGAGACUAUCACUAUAUCUGACCAAAAUCACCCCAACACAUCAUCAAUAGAAAAUGUUUACAGCUAGCUGAUGUCUGAUAGGGGAUGGCGAGAACAUCCUUAAAAGAAUAAUAAUGUAUUAAAAUCUUCAGCCAUAUCAAAAGAUUAUUUUUACCAAAUGUCAUGCGUCACACGGCGUUCAUUAUCAUUAUUGAUACUAUCUCAGUAUCUCACCAACAUUUCACCCACGCUCCAUCAAUGAAAAAGUUUGCUGCUACCACUGACGUCUACUAGGGGGCGAUGUGAGACUUUAAAAAAUAAAUAAUUUAUUAAAAUCUUCAGCCAUAUUAUAAAUCAUUUUUCAUGAUCAUUCAACCCAAUGUCCUACCUCACACGGUGCUCAUUAUCAUUUUUAUCUAUAUUGAAUUAAUUGCGUAAUUAAACUUCCACAUUCAAUGUGAUUAUGCCAUGUACUGCUCCUGUUUUGACAUACGCACACAAAACAAGAAUGAAAGUAUGAUACAAUUCUAUCAAAUCAUGUGAUGGUUAUUAGUUGGGUGAUAUAAAGCCUUUUUUCUAGAGUAAUAAGUAUUCUAAUGAGACUGGACAUUUUUAGGUCUGAUUAUCAAAUUGUUUAUAUAAUGUAGCACCUGGGAUGCAUUGCAUAUCACCAGGAGAUUUUUUUUUACAUCAAGCGCUAAAAUUAACGUGACAAAGUGUAUAUAAAUCAAAUUACAUUGUUUGAGAGUGAUUAUUGAAAUCAUGUAACUUAUAAUGUUGAAAUGGAUGUACAAUGUUUUUCACCAGGAAUGCUAUUAAAAUACAAUUCUGAUAUUGUGCCAUCUAAUGUUUACAAUAUACUGUGUUGAAGUUUCAUUGAAUUUCUUGUUCAAUUUCUACAUAUCUAUCUGCUAUGUAGAAUAAUAUUCAUUCCAUUCAAGGAGUUGAUUACACCUAAACAUCACAUUGCCUUAUUUAGACCUUAUUACUGUGCAACAUGUCCAAUAACAAGACAUUCCUGAGGGAGGUAACAAAAAACUUUAUUACAAAAUAACAUGUCGACAAUCAUAAGACAUACACACUUUACUGAGUACUUUCAAGUGAUUAUAAGUGCAAUGCAUAAGACACUACUCAGAUAAGACAGCUUUUAAAAAAUGCCUAGUUAAAUCCCAAAUGUGGUUAACUUGUAGUGGUGGUGGCGGCGCAGCUAAUUGAUUAGAUAGAAAGUGUUGCAUGAUGGGAUUGCAGUUCCAUGGUCUGGUUUCCAAGGCACAGAAGCGGUUGGCGGGGUGAUGAGUGUGUUCAGUAGGGAUCGUUGAAAGGGUAGUGGGGGUGCUUUGCAUCCCGGGGCACACUCUUUCCAUCCACCUAGAAGACGACAAAACACAAUAGUCACACACACACACACCCACACACUAUUAAAGAAAAGCUACUUAACUAAUUGUUACAAUUCUGACGCCUCGUGCCCACUGCACCGUCGGUCAAAGGACUGGGAAGGCGUGGCUGACGGAUGGGGGAGGUUUCCAGGGUCGUCAGAGCCCGAGUAGUGUCACAGUGCUUUAAUUUGCAUACGUGUUCUUAUCGGAUGACGGAUCCGUCGCUGCCGAAAAAGUUGAAAAUUUUUCAACUUUUUGACGGAGCCUUCAGCGCACGGAUCCACAAUGCAUUGCGCGUCCGUCCCCAUUCAAAGUCAAUGGGGAUCAGUCAAUGGACGGAGGUAGUGGGCACGAGGCGCAACACCCGCAAACUUUGGAUUGUUCUGGCUUGCUGGCCUUAUUCGUAACUAAACAAAUUGAAAGCUCAAAAACGAACCGUUUUAUUCGUGAACUUCAACCCUAAAUCUGACCAUUUGCCCAAACUCUGGAUUCCCUAGGUCACAUCUAUAGAGUAUUGAAAGUAUAUUUGUGGAAUACUGCAGACAUGUCCAUGAAGAAGAUAUAUUGGCAUGCCUAAACAUCAUCCUUUUCAAUUAUUUUACACCAUUGGUUCAGAUAGUUUGCGCCUUGUUUGUGUCCAUCAGCCUGUUCUAGAUAGAUGCAUUGUUUGUCCAAAUAAAACCUAAAUCGCCUGCAAACAGAUUGUGCAGUAAAUUCAUAAACACAUUACAGUUAAAAUAAGGCAAAU